AUGUCGACCCUUGAAGCCUGGAUACGAUGUUCAUGGCAGGUGGAUGAAGAUAUGGAUAUAAUGUUGGCAAGAAACAACUACUUCUUGGUAGUCUUUUCUUGCAUGUCUCAUCAUGAUAGAGUUUUUGAGGAGGGCCCUUAUUUUUAUAAUCGUGUGGGGUUGUUUGUGAAACCUUUUCAUCUGGGGUUUAACUCUGUGGAGGAUCUUCCAUCGAGUGUUCUUGUCUGGAUUUGCCUUCCCAGACUUUAUUUAGAGUUUUGGAGAGAAGACAUACUGCACCAGAUUGCUGCCUUACUUGGGAAGCCUGCUGCGAUCGCACAUGAGUCCCUGGACAAAAAGGUUAUUUCUUAUGCCUGUAUUUGUGUUGAAAUUGAUUUGAGUAACCUGCUGUCAAAUUCCUUGGAAAUUUUCCAUUGUUCUUCUUCUUGGAUUCAACAGUUAGAUUAUGAGUCCUUACCUUUUCACUGUCAAGUUUGCCAUGAGUAUGGACAUUUGCAGCAGCAAUGCCCUAGGGUUUUUAAGGGGAAUAGUGGUAGUUCCGGUGGGUCUGCCUCUUCCUUAGGCCUAAAGAUGGACAACACGGGCAAGGGGAAAGCCCCAACUGAUCAUGUAGGUAAGGAGAAAUUCAAGAUGGAUAAUGUUAGUAAAGGGAAAGCCUUAGUAAACACACUAGCCCUUGAUAAUGAUGGCUUUACUCCUGUUCGCAGAUGGCCUAAGAAAAAAGGACAAAAGAGACCCUUUUUAGAUUAA